CAGUAUCCGCAAUCAUCCAAUUCCGUGUUUUAUUCCAUGCCAAUUUAGUUCUCUUUGUUAAUUCACUAUCCAGAAUCGUUCCAAACAUCAGAUUAAGAAUGUCACAGACUUCCAGUCAAGAGAAAAACAUUCAGACGAUGAGUGACGAAGAAAAGGAGAAAGUGAGUAAAAGUCAUGGCUGCUUUGAUGGUUUGAAAGAGGAAAUGAAUAAGAUUGGAAACACCAUCCAGAAGGAAUUUGACGUCGUUGGACACAAGCUUACGUCAGAAAUCCAUCAGCAUACUCACGCUCCUGUUCUCCACAACUUUGUAACAGGUAACAAAAUUCAGUUGGUGUCAAAAAUCAAUGGGCGUGCGUUGCAGGUUGCAAAAACAGACGAUGGCGGUUUCAUCGUCAAUGGAGCUGGAGAUUUAGGGCCUACUGCACAAAAUGCUAUUUGGACGGUCAUCAAUGAAGGAAACAAUCGAGUCCACAUCCACAACGACUUUAACUACCUCGCCAUUAUCAGUGGACAAACGCAAGUUAUGUUCUUUGGGGCAGGAGCCCAGGUGGCCGAUGAGACGAAAUUUCAACUGAUUGCGAAGGGAGAUAACUGCGUAGUUCUGGAGUCUGCUAAUGAAUACGACAGAUGCGUGGGAGUACGAGAAGAUGGUACCAUCAAACCCGCCCUACACUGUUUACCGGCAGACGAGCAUGCGCAGUUCUGUGUAUACGUUCUGGAAGCUCCAUUGGUUGAAAAGGCAAUUGCAACUAAAGGGGAAUAAUUCUUUUUUUUUUGUCGUUUACUUUGACAUGUAUUUUUGAUAUUCAUUGACUGUGAUAGCCUGAUAGGAUAAAAAUUAACCAUUUUAAAUGUGGUUUAUGUACCGUUUACUUACAAUUAUUUUUUUUUUCGAUUUUUUUUUUUUUAAUUUUUAGACUUUAUGACUUUUUACUUUUGUAAUAACUUAUGUCUUUAUUGUAUCAUUAAACUUUUUCUAUUUUUACUAUAUGAUUCUUUUAAAUAAAAAAAUCUUCGCAA